GCCGCCAAACGAGGAAAGUACAACAGCAGCAUGGCCCGCACAAAGCAAACGGCGCGCAAGUCCACUGGCGGGAAGGCGCCGACAAGACAACAGCAGCAACAACGGGACUAUGCGGUCGACAGAUGCGUCCGCGGCACUAUCGAGCUUGAAGGGGCGCCGAACGGCUCGAACGUCCUUUUGGAGGAGUCGCUUUUGCUAGCCGAAGAUCGCGAGAAAGUGCUUGCAUCCCUGUCUCCCGGAUCGUCCGAGUUUCAUUACUUCCGUUCGAUACAAUUGCUGCAUGAACUGAACGUGGAUGAUGCGCCUGAUGCCGACGACAAGAUUGAAGAAAUCCUGAAUCACGUCAAGUCUCUUGAACAGGAUGGAGGAUGGCAGCGCGCGAGACGUCUACGUUUGCGGCUGAAUAUCGUACUACUGGAACAUGGUCGCGAAAGCGCUCGCGAGUUUUUUGUAGACACGCUGGGUUUGGAAUUGAACACCGUUCGUCCUCCCGAGGCAACAUCGGCCGACGUGGGCUCGAGCCAACAAGUCAGACCCAGUACAUUGAGCUAUGACAUUGAAGCCCUCAAGCAAGAAAAGAUUGCAAAGGUGAAAAAGUGCCUGUACCUUCAAGACGACAAGUGGAUGGUGCCGUACAAGGCCGAAUCCUUCCUUCGCCAACUCAGUCCAUUUGUCCUGCAAGCCCUCUUUGAAAGUUUAAACUCGCCAUCGGGCCUGCCAGAUUGGACUCCACCGCAGAAGAAGCUGGUUCUUCAGUUUAUCCUGCAGCAAAAGUUGCUUCUAUGGACCGACUUUGACUCGUUUGUGGACGCAGUGGCCAAAGACAUUUUGGACAUUUAUGAGAAUGCAACGGGCGACAACAACAAGGUCCAAGUGUUUGGCGGGUUGGCCCACCACAACGACCUGAAUCUGACUCAACUGGACGUGCUGUGGGAUCGGUGCUCCACUGCACUACAUGACAACACACCGUUUGCUCUGCGAUAUGUCCAGCUUUUGCAAGCCACGAAGGACAACGAAAGGCAGUUCUUGUCCACGGCUGUGACGUGGUUGAAGCAAUUGGGGCCUCAAGUGAAUGGCGUUCGAGUCGUGCUGCUGCAUCGAUGGCUCCAGCUCAUUUAUCAUGACAAGAACGAGCCAACUUUGGGCAGUUUGUUCUUGCAGUACGUUGAGAUUCCUCGCGAAGAGUGCCGCAUUGCAAACGAAGACAUGGUCCGCAACGCCGACUACGACAGUGUUGUGCGGUUUGUCAACACGACGAGCUCGGCAUUUGGACGACCACAGGCGGAGACAGCUAGCAAACCCCUCGUGUCGACCCUUGCAACGGCGCUGGGAUACAGUGUCGACUUAUCGUCGGACGAGGACUUGAUCAAGACGGUCUUCGCCCUCCUUGUCCAACGAGGCUCGACGAUCCAAGAUUUUGCGCCAUACUUGAGUCUAAAGUUCUUGAAGGCUCAGUACGCCACCGCCAUGCUAACGUGUGGGCGGGGGAGUCGCGGCGAGUACGAGCGCGACAUUGUCGACCCGUGCGACGUCCACAAGCUGUUUCAAGGGUCUGAAGUGUCAUUUUGCAAGUCCAACCCGUCGUCGUUUGCCCCAGACGACCCCGUGUCGUUGGUGCUCAAUGUGAAAAACAUCCAAGCAUUGACGAUUCAGCUGUUUGAGAUCAACGUGAGCGACCACUACCUCAAGACGUUUCGUGCAAUUCCAAGUGACAUUUCGUUGGACGGGUUGCUACCGAACGACCAAGUGCGCGUUCGCUUUGACCACGUGCCCAGCCACGUUCGUGUGCAACACCGUGUUGAGUUUCCAUCCAUGCAAUUGUCUUGCCGGGGGGUAUUUGUGGUGGAAGUGGUCGGGCAAGACAUAGCGUGUCGCGCCGUGGUGCGGAAGGGGGGGCUUCAUUUCACGCAGGAAAUCACAUCCCACGGCCAUGAACUGACCGUGUUUGACGAAGCCAGCAACGUGGUGUUGGGCUGUGUGGCUGUGGUGCCCGACGUUCAAGACAAGGCGAAGAAGCAUCAUUCGUUUUCAGCAUCCGAGGACGGACGUAUUAUCGUGCCAUUUUACACGGCGGUGGAUGAGCACGGACUGGAACCAGUUAAAAGAGCUAGCCCCAUUUACAUUGGCCACGGAUCGUACGGAACGCUUGGCACGUUUACAUAUUGCGAAGAAAGUUACAAGCUCAAGGCAAACAUCUACAUUGACAGCGAGCAGUUGGUGCCAGGAACCAAGGCCACCGUUCUCAUUCGCAGCAAACUGUACGUCCACGGGUGCCCAACGUCGACGUCGCUCGUUCGAAACGUGGUGUUGUCGGUGGCGUUUGUCAGCCAAACCAACAUCGAGACGAAAAAAGAAAUUCGCCAGUUGCCACUCAUGGACGACGCCAACGAGCUGGUGACGACGAUCGACAUCCCCCACGAAGCCGUGUCGUUCAAGGUCACGCUCAAAGGGGACGUCGCGAGCAAGGACCAUGGGGAUACCGCCGCCGCCACCACUUCGUCGUCAUUGUCCACGGCGCGAGUGACGCGGCUUUGUCAAGUGUCAGACUCGAAGCACUUUGACAUCCCGCACCCGACUCGAGACGACGUGCUCUUUAACCCGCACCUCAAGAAGGUUCCAAAUGGCAACGGGGACGAAGACUACGUCGUGCUCAUGUUGGGCCACAACGGCGAAGGCGUGCCGAAUGUGGAGGCCACCAUCGAGCUCCGGCACUUGGCGCUCGAGUCGCCCAUCAGUUGCGACGUGGUGUCAAACCACCGAGGCGAAGUAUUCUUGGGUCCAUUGACCCAUGUUGUAUCCAUCGAUAUGGACGUCAACGGACGACGAUACGCGUGGAACCUGCCCAACUGGGCGCUGCCUUCGUGGUCGGUGGCUGGUCGUCAAAGCCAUGUGACUCAGUGCGCUAUGUCGACGAAGGACGUGCUCAUCCCCGUCCCUCAUGUUGUUGGCAAGGACUUGCAGCAGUGGAUUGAAAGCGGUGCGAUCUCAGUGUUGAAAAUCUACACGGUCCAGUCCCGCACGAUCCGACAACGGGCUGACCGUCCCUCGUUCGUGUGUGUGGGGCCAGGAUCGAGUUUGCUGUUCAAGCCAUCGAGUGUGGGCGAGUUUGAAGUAGUGGUAAAGCCUAUCAAUGCAACGUACCGCAUCCACGUGGGCGAGUCGCAAGUCGCGGGGUUUGUCAAGGCCGCCCCCAGCACACUACUCAAAGCCGACCCGACCGCGCCAGUGGUGGUGCGGAACCUGCACAUUGUCGACCACCAGCUCAAGAUAUUUGGGGUCAACACGACGCCAAACACGCGGGCCCAAGUGAUUUUGAGACGGUUUGUCAGCCAUGAACCCGUGACCAACGUGCUGAACGAGGGCAUGCACGACGAAAACGCGGACCUUCGCCGCUUCGAUGUGGACACCCCCACGUGCGAGUACUUUGAGAGCAAGCGCAUUGGCGACGAGUACGCGUACAUCUUGGAACGUCGGGCCUUUGCAGUCCAGCACCCAUCGUCCAAGUUGCAUCAAGGCAAUCGGUUGACGUUGCCGUCACUCCUUCUCAAUCCAUUCAAGGUCAAGGAAACGUCUGGAUCGACCUUGGCAGACGCGAAACAAGGUGAAGAGUACGGAAAGAGUCGGGGCGAUGACAGCUCCAUGCCGAAAAAGUCCAAACGGAUGGGCGACCGUCAAAGAAGUUCGACUCGCGGGGGGCACUCCACAUCGUCCCCCGUGCCACCCAACACGCUCUUCUUGGAAGCGCCAUCGUGUAUCAUGUCAAACAUUCGACUGAAUUCGCUUGGCGAAGUCACCGUGGCGUUGCCGUCGACGCUGACAGGCUCGUACGACGUGGUGGUGUCGCUUGUGGACGGCCAAGACGUCGACUCUCGACAGCAAAGCGUUGUGUUCCACCCACGUGCUGGCGCACCGGCAUGGGCCAUGCCCUUGAAAAGCACCGCCCUCUCCCGCGACGCAGCGUUGGGUGUGGACAAGGACGUCCAUUCGAUUCAAGUGCGCGGCCAUCGCUGCAUUGCAUCGAGCGACGCAACCACGCUACCUUGUGGUCCGGACAGCAAACUCGAGGUGUACGACUGCUUGGAGCACGCGUUUGGGCUGCUGGACGCGCUGACGGGCCACGAUGUACUGUACAACGAAUACUUGAAACGGUGGCCAUCCCUUGACCUCCCCACCAAGCAAGCCAUCUACAGCCAAGACGUGUCCAACGAACUGAACCUGUUCUUGUACAAAAAAGACACGGACUUUUUCAACGCAGUCGUGGUGCCCCAUGUCCGCUCCAAGUUUGUCAAGGACUUUGUGGACUGGUACUUGCUCGAUGCGAAAAACGUGCUGCUGCACUCAUACUUUUCAAACGCUGCAACGUUCGACAAGCUCACGUUGGUGGAGAAAUUGCUGUUGGCCGAACGACUGCCAAAAGAGGACGCUGCGACCGUGUGCCGCCAUGUGGUUCGAAUCAUCGAAACGUAUUACGGGGAAUCCACGGGUACCAAGUUGGACGCUGUGUUCGAACACGUCAUGACGGCCAAGAGCACCGAGCAAUCUGACCUCGUACAAUACCGCCAACACGACGACUCGACUACUCCAGCCUACUCCCCCACAAGUCCAGCCUACUCCCCUACAAGUCCAGCCUACUCCCCCACAAGUUCUGCACCCGUCCCUACUUUGAACAGAAGGAUGGUUGCAUUCCGUAUGGCUCCACAGCGUGCAUCAAUGGAGGCGACUGUUAACCGCGACCGAGUGCUUCAAUCAGCAACCAUUGGAGGAGGCGCAACGUUUGGUGCGAUGCGGGCGUUUGCGGCACCCCCUCCAGCGCCGUACGCAAGGGACAACGACGACGAAGACUCGGACUCUGGUUCUGACGACGACGACAGCUGGGAAAAUAUAAGCCACGAUGGGGAUGACGGGGAUAUUGACGAACGAGCCACAACCGAACCAACGACAAAGAAGCAACGCAAAGUGUAUGUAGCCCCCGGGGCAACGUACUUGGUGGGCGAGCGCCGAUAUCACGAUGGAAAGGACGAACCGCAACAGCCAGGAGGGGGGCUCGUGGCCACAUUGACGGCCGUCCAACAAAAGACGUGGGUAGGGUCUGCGAUCAAUCGAUUCUGGCUGGAUUAUGCCCGGUAUCUGUUGUCGCCAUCGUCCGACGUGUUUUUGUCGGCGUCGUUCCCGGAAGCGUGUUCAUCAUUUGCUGAAGCGACGUUGGCCCUGUCCGUGCUGGGGUUGCCGUUUGUCGGAGGGGCGUGGGAAGUCCAACCCAUCACGGCACGAGACCACACGUCGUUGGCUAUCCGCACGUCGAAGCCCGUGAUAGUGUACUACGAAGACAUUCGGGCUCAGCAGCCGUCACCGCAAGAGUUGACCGACGAAGUUGCCAUGGUCGGGUCCAAUUUAAUUGUCACGCAAACCAUCUUUAACCCGCGCGACUCGAACUUGAACCAAGGACAGCUCAAGCCUGUCAAGGAGUUUGUCCGAUCCACACGGUACGGGUGCCAAGUGACUGUGAGCAACUUGAGUCCCCAGGCGACGCCGUCGCUGAAUUUGCUCGUCCAGAUCCCCGAAGGCGCGAUUCCCGUGAGCACGGGGGGCUAUUACACGCGAAACUCGACGUUUGUGCUGGCCGGCAACGAGACGGACACGACAGUCGUGUACUUUUACUUUCCAGUGGAGGGCUCGUUCAGUCACUUUGCCGCCCACGUGGCCAUUCACGGCCAAACGGUGCGGUGGGCGGACGAAUCGCCCAUGACCACCCCCAGCACCAUUUCCGUCGUGGCCGAGUCCAAGACAGUCGACAUCACGUCGUGGAAAGAUGUGUCGUCGCGCGGCAGCUUGGACACGCUCGUGACGUUCUUAAAGACCCAUCGAAAGCUGGAAACCAUUGAUUGGGAGGCGAUGGCGUGGCGACUCAAAGACCGAGCCACGUACGACGUGCUGCUGCACUUUCUACGCGAGCAUUUCGUCUACACGGACGUGGUGUGGCAGUUCUCGUUCUUCUUCAAUGACCAAGUGGCCAUGGCCGACCUGCUGCAGCGCCGGCUGUCUGCGUACGAAGUCGGCCCGGGUCUGUCGUUGCCCAAGUUGCUACCGUUGGCGGUGUUCAAUAGCACGGACAGCCGGUUGGUUGCCGACGUCGGGUUGGAACAUGCCGAGUACAUCCCGCUGAUCUUUCGCCGGACGCAUGGGGGGGUGAAGGACACCGACGUGAUCCCCAACAAGGACGUUCGGGACGCGUAUCGCGUGCUGUGUCAUACGCUGUGUCUCUUGCCAAAGCUGGACGACGACCAUUACCUGGUGUUGGUGUACUACAUGGUGCUGUUGAACCGCAUCGACUCUGCGUUGGAACUUUUCGGCCGAGUCAGCGCCUCUGCGGCCACCACCAUUCAACUGCAGUACGACUACAUGAAUGGUUUCUUGGACUUUUUCAGAGACGACCCGACGUUUCCAAUUGCGCGAGCGGUAGCCUCCAAGUACGCCACUGCGCCGUACGUGGCCCACCAUCGUUGGGGGGCGUUGUUUCAACGACUUCAAGACCAGUUGCACGAACUCGAUUCGUUGGCACAUCAUCACUCCGCAUCAAUUUUGUUGCCUGAACAAGACGUGUCGCUCGAACUGACCAUGAGCGAGGGGUCGUUUGUGGUGACGCAACGAGGCUCCCGAGUCGACAAGUGCAUUGUCAAGUACUACCCCGUGGAUGUGGAAGUGAUGUUUUCGCGGGAGCCGUUUUCAGGCCAAGAUGCCAAAGUGUCGUCUUGCAUUUCUCUCAUCCAGCCACGGGCAACGGCCGAGAUUUCCGUAUCCGCCGGGGGGACGACGACGGUGGCUGUCCCACCGGCGCUCCACGCGACGCAGAUGCUCGUGGUUGUGUCCCCCGUGGGGUACCCAGAGAUGGAAAUGUUGAAACCUCACUUUUGCGACUCAAUGGACGUUCACUUUGCACUGGAUGAAGGCCUUGUCCAAGUGUUUGCCCACCGGCGACCCCUCGGCAAAGCCUACGUCAAAGUGUUUGUCCAAACCAAAUCGUCCAAACUGGCCAAGUUUUACAAGGACGGGUACACGGACAUUUGCGGGCGGUUCGACUACAUGGGCAUCAACGACACCGCGCUGCUGUUGGACGUGGCCAAAGUCGCUCUGUUGAUUCUGCACCCCCGCCAUGGCGCCGUCAUUCGACAAGUGUCCCCCCCGACGACGAUUUCCCUCGAAGGGGACCACCGACCUGUCCAACGCGACUGGACUACGUACUAGGACAGAAACGGAAACCGCACAUUAUCUAUCUACCUCCGUGGUUGGCAGAGUGGUGGGUUGCUGUUGCGCUCUAAAUAAACAUGCCUAUGUUCUUGUGUUACGAAGGGUAUAAUAGUGGAGUUUAUGAUAGUCGUCGCUCUUGUCAUCGUGAAUACAACUUGACUGCACUUUCAAG